AUCAUUAUAUAAAAAUUUCCCACUGUGGAGUUUCAAGCCAUCAUCUGGGGCACCUUAAAUUUUGUAGGAACAGAAGAGGCUUAAGGACGUUGAUGGUGGGUUUUAUUAGUGAUAUACCAAGUGUAGAUAUUUGCGACCGUGAACCACAAUUUGAAAUGGAUAUUUCAUAGAUAUGGUGUUUCUUGCGGGGGCAUGUAGUGCGAAUGUUAUUCAAUAGAUGGAGUAAAACAGUUCUACGUUUAACACUAUGGAGGGGGAGGCGGCGUAUAAUCUGACGCUGGAAUGGAACCAGGACUACUCCAACAAGCUCCUGCCCACGGUCGUUUUCCAAUGUGUGGUCUGUUUUAUUGGUCUAGUGGGGAACAUAUUGGUGCUGCUCGUGUAUACCUUCCGAAUGAAAGGAAGCCGGGAUGACCGCUAUUUCAUACCCAUCCUGGCUGUUUUUGAUCUCGUCGCAAGCACCAUGGCGUCUGUGUUUUACGUUUUUGAGUCCAUAUACUUCGUGGACUUUCCGUCGUCCGAACUUUGCAAGGGGAUGCUGUACACCAUGACGGCAACAUCCGGUCUGUCGGCUUUGUUGCUUAUUGCGAUAGCCGUGCAACGGUAUCUGAAGAUCUGCAAACCUCACGGCAAACAGAUGGACGAGAAGAGGAGGAAAGUGUGUCUGGCGUCCGUCGUCAUAUUCUCCAUCCUAUACUCCGCCCCAGUUUUGUUAUUUUCCGGAAAUAAGGAAGUGGAGGGAACUUUCAACGGACAGAACGUCACGGGAUUGACCUGUUUCACGGGGGCUGGGAACUAUUCUACCUAUGAAGCCGUUUAUUAUUACAUUAUAUUCCUUCUUAUGGUGACCAACAUACUAACCGUGGGAUUCCUCUACAUCCCCAUCGGAGUUGUCAUCUAUCGUCAUAACCAGCUCAGAGAGACCCGGCGGAAGAGGAGUAUGGACAUCACUUCUACAGCUCAGUUUGACUCCAUCUCUGACAACCAAAUCAGCCAGUCAAGCACCAAAGAAAUGGCACGACCACGGACAUUCAAACAGAGCAAGAUCAAUUUCAACAUGAUGUUCUUUGCCAUCGUUGUGUUUUACCUGAUUUCUUACACGCCAACAUGUAUAUUUCUGAUUAUCAGUAAACUUUCCCCGGAACUAUGGUAUAACAUUUCGGCCACAGAAAUGAUUGUCUACUUUAUCUUGCAGAGAUUUUACGUCAUCAACCACGUGGUAAACCCCAUCAUUUAUGGGUACUUCGAUAUGAAAUUCCGCGCUGACAUCGUCAGCUUAUGUAAAUGUUCAUAUAAUUAACCCCUGCCGUCAAUAUCAUAAUUAAUAACGUAACGCUAUCUUAAGUUAUAAUCAUAUGUAUAUAUAUCAAUGGUUGACCGAUUCUUAAUUCAAACAUUUCUGUUUCGCUUAAAUAAUUAUCAUUACAUUACUUGCGCAACAUGUUAUAAAAUAAGUUUUAGGCUCCGAAGGGCUCCCUUUGCAUCAUGUCAUUGCUAUUUGAUGAACUUGUCCAUCAAAAUCCAAACCAGCAAUAAACUAGUAUACAUUUACAAUUUCAAUUAUCAAUGUUAAUUAUUAAUAAACAUAUAUGAU